CGGGGCACCGGCGUCGUUCGCGGUUCCUUGGCGGCUUGAAAGCCUAUUUUGGUUUCCGCCCCUUUUUCUCUUGCUCUUUCUAAUCCUUCCCCCUCUGCAAUUACGGCCAGGAACCCUUUUGAAAUUUCUUCUAAGUUGAAGCGUAGGACCAAUUUCGUCAACACAAUCCGGAAUGGUCAACAUGGCGGCCGCCGUAAGGUGCCUUGGUAGAGUCUUGAUACAUCAUCAAAAGCAUAGUCUUUCCAAGAUGGCUUAUCAGACACCUCUUUAUCCUUGUUCUGUAUAUGUUCAGGUGCCCAGCAGACAUUUUGCUGCUGCUACAAAGCCUGCAAAGAAAACAAAAAAAGGUGUGAAAGACAAAGCAUCAGAUGAGAAAAAAGAUGAGAUAGAAAAAAUAAAGUCAUACUCCUUUAGGGAAGGCGAACCUGAGGAUGAUGUCUACUUAAAGCAUUUAUACCCAAGACGGAUAUAUGAGGUGGAGAAAGCUAUUCAGUUACUUAAGAAAUUUCAAACUCUAGACUUUACUAAUCCAAAGCAAGGUGUUUAUCUUGAUUUGACACUGGAUAUGGCAUUGGGGAAAAAGAAAAAAGUGGAGCCAUUUGCCAGUGUUCUUCGUUUUCCAUACCCAUUCGUUUCAGAAACCAAUAAAGUUGCUGUAUUUACAGGGAAUGCAUCAGAGAUUAAAAUAGCAGAAGAAAAUGGAGCUGCAUUUGCAGGAGGAAUUAAUCUAAUUCAGAAGAUUUUGGAUGAUGAAAUUCAAUCAGACUUUUAUGUAGCUGUUCCAGAAAUAAUGCCCGAGCUUAAUCAAUUAAAGAAAAAGCUGAAAAAAAGAUUUCCAAAACUAACUCGAAAUUCCAUUGGCCGUGACAUCCCCAAAAUGCUUGAAUUAUUUAAAACUGGACAUGAAAUUAAGGUAGAUGAAGAAAGGGAGAACUUUCUCCAGACCAAAAUAGCAACACUGGAUAUGCUAAGUAACCAGAUAGCUGCGAAUCUGCAAGCAGUCAUCAGUGAAGUUUGUAAGCACAGACCACUCAGUUUGGGACCUUUUGUGGUACGAGCUUUCCUUCGUACUUCAACAAGUGAAGGUUUGUUACUAAAGAUCAAGCCAUUGUUGCCUAAAGAAGUAGAAACCGAAGAGGGUAACAAAGAAGAUGCCUAACAAUGUUAUAUUUUGAAAUUAUUUUCAGUGGAUUAAGAAGCAACAAAGAAAAUUAUAAAACUGUAUAUAAUUUCUA